AUGUACUGGCCCACACUUGCUACUAGAGCACUAGAGACGCCAUCGACCCUGAACAAUGAAGACAUUUUGAGAAUUGUACCUAGCAGGAAGGGCAACUUUUUCGCUACGUUGACAUGGAAUGGUUUGGGCAUCUGGGAUGUCAGGCCUACAGUGCUUCAAACUGUCCUGAGCCGCAGUCUAGAUAGCGUGGAGCGAUGGGGUGAAAAUACCGACGUGUUCUGGGCUACAGAUGGACGUGGUUUGAUUGUCCUUACCUCGACCUCUCAUUUACUCAUCUACAAGCUUGUCUCUACCUCUCAGCCUGCCUAUGAUCAACCCGCGUCGUCCUCCUUCAUCACGCCUGGCGGACCAGGUGAAGGAGAUGUCCUCGUUGGAUGGAAAUUGGAACCGGUCGGAACUGCAUUCGUGAUGGGCAAAGUUACCAGCGUCCUGCCCCAACCUAGACAUCUGCAUAUCACUCUUCAGCACCCAGGAUCCAUCUUGACUGUUCCUUGGCCUAUCCCAUCGGCUCUACUGGCGUCGCCAGGCACUCAAUUCCCGCCGAAUCCGCUGGAUGGAGAUGGUGAGGAUCAGGCGGAAUGCGAGAUAUGGGACUUGACAGAAGGCAAGGACUGGAUAGGCGAGAGCAAAGACCAGCUAUAUGCGACGAGGCUGUCCCUCCAUCGAACACCAGGUCUUCCUGGAUUAUACAUCAUGCAGCUCUCAAACGGCCAGGUCUGUGCCUUGUAUCAUUCGUCUCAGACCUCUCAAUCCGCAUUGCCACCUCAUCAAGCGUCUCCUGCUUUGCAGCAAGAGUCCCCAAGAUCGAAGUUCGUCGGGUCCAGACUUUGGCCUAUUGACAUCUCAUCAAGAGAUGGCUCGGUGGGACUCGCCAAUGAUAUGCCGGCUGGUGCGGAGUCCAACACAUCGGGUUGCGUCAAGUCCACGCAUACCGCCAUCAAUACGCGGUUUGGCAUAGUAGCGGUUGGAACUUCUGAAGGCUCGGUGGAUCUGGUCUCGGUGCCCACGUAUCCUGCUGCUCCGCGUAUGGCUCAGACACUUGACAUCAAGCUCGAGACCAAGAGUCGUUUGGACCCGGGACCCGUGACGAGCUUGAAUUGGACAUCUGACGGGUAUGCUCUCGCUGUAGGAUACGAGCACGGAUGGGCCAUCUGGUCCGUCAGUGGAAGACUCAAUGGCUGCUCCCUUCUCAACGACGAAGAAGGUGUCAAUCCUACCGAGGCAUUUGCUUAUGGUGUCGACUCCUGCUUCUGGGCGCCUGGUAAUCUCGAGCUCUUUAUACUUGCCAAAGCGUUGCCUGAGGCGGACACGAGACUGUACGCUUUGCCAUUCGUCAAGAGCGCUACGUCGACACAACAUUCACCAGACAAUACUCUAUACGCAUUCUUGCAGAUGGAUGACCGGGUCCUAGCUUACAGAGGCGCAGAUCAACCGGACCAGAGCGUCAUCAAUCCUGAAUCAGAUGUAUGGCAACCGAUAAAGAUCCCGAACGCUUACAUUUCUACCAACUGGCCGAUCCGGUAUACAUCAAUCUCAUCAGAUGGAAAGCUCAUCGCAGUUGCUGGCCGCCGUGGACUGACACAUUACUCUGCCGCUUCUGGCCGGUGGAAACUUUUUGCAGACGAGAGGGAGGAGAAAGAAUUCAUUGUCAGGGGUGGCCUGCUCUGGUUCCAUCACGUCCUCAUAGCAGCUGUCGAAGUCGAUAAAACGUUCCAAAUUCGACUAUACUCCCGUGACAAUGAUUUGUCAAUGAGCACCGUCCUCCACUCUCAAAUCUUACCAACAGCGGUAACGGUCAUGUCGCUACUGGACAAUUCGCUGCUCGUCUACACUGCCGACAACACCUUAUAUCACUUCUUGAUACUGCCGACAGUUGACUCGAUACGAUUGCACCUGUGCGGAAGUAUAUCAUUCGCUGGAAUACUGGAGGCCCCGACUCGCGUCAGAGCUCUGUCUUGGCUCAUCCCACAGGCCCAAAAGGAACUCGGUGAUCCUGCAGACGAUCUGAUUGUAGCGACCAUUAUCUUUUUGGUGGACGGUAAAUUGGUUUUGCUUAGACCAAGACGGGCCGCCAACGAUGAAGUACGGUAUGAUAUGCAGGUCCUAGCGGAUCGCAUUGAAGCUUAUUGGACUCAUCUUCACGGUAUCGGCACUCUGGAGAACUCGCUCUGGGGCUAUGAUGGAAAAGGCAUGAGGGUUUGGCUAGACGCCUUGACCAUAGAAGCGACUAAGCUGGACUCUACUAAAGAUGCUUACGAAUCAGUCAAGGAGAGCAUCUAUAUCCCUCACGAGUUUUACCCACUAUCUAUACUUAUGGAUAAAGGCAUCAUCAUUGGUGUUGAUUACGAGACAUCCAGUCGAUCUCUCCCGUUCACUCUCUUCAAGCUUCAGACAGGAGCACAUCUUUUCUUACCGCAAUUCCUACGGUAUCACCUUUCGUCCCAAGAUCUCAUGUCCGCUCUGGCCUUUGCUACCAAUUACUCGCGGAUCAAAUACUUUGCUCACUCCCUUGAAAUUCUACUGCAUUCUGUCCUCGAGGAUGAGGUCGAGACUGGAUCGAAUAUCUUGCCACUGGUGAUCGAAUUCCUGGACCACUUCCCUGAAAGCCUAGACGUCGUCGUGGGCUGUGCCAGGAAGAUUGAAGUGGAGCGAUGGGGUAUGCUCUUCAAGACAGUCGGUAAACCUAGAGAUCUUUUCGAGCGAUGUCUAGAUAAGCAGCUCCUUCGGACUGCCGCUGGAUAUCUGCUGGUCUUGCAGAACCUGGAGGAAUUGGAUGAUGUCAAGGAUACUGUGAGAUUGCUCAGACUGGCGAUGGCGAGCAAGGAGUAUGGUCUCUGCAAGGAAGUCCUCCGAUUCCUGCACUCGAUCGACGAGACUGGUCAAGCGCUGCGUCAAGCGAUCAGCGAUGUGGAGAUCCUCCCGGAAAUGUCAUCUUCGCCCGCUGUCGACGCUCCGUUGGCUGAUCAGAUCGACAAGCUCAAUAUCACAAGGUCGGAUGGAGCUAUAGACAAUUAG